AUGCGGUACACUAUCACAAGAGAGCAAAUCAAGGAGCUCGCUGCUCAGUUGGACCCAUCCACCCGAUUGUUCACCAGCGCAGAUGGCCAGGAAUAUGAGAAGCUAAUUGCCCGGUGGGCUGAUAACGCAGUCAGACAAGCUGGUGUUGUCGCUGUUCCUGUGGCAUACGAAGAAGUAUCUAAGCUGGUAAAGUUCGCCUCUGACAACAAGCUUGAAAUUACCGUUAGGGGGGGCGGUCAUUCUACCGGGGGCUGCAGUUCCUCAGAAGGCGGGCUUGUCAUUGAUCUCUCAGGCAUGCGCAAUGUGAGCGUUGAUAAGGACUCCAAAUUGAUCACUGCCCAAGGCGGUGCCCUGUGGGAAGAUGUGGACAACGCUGCCAUUGAAAAGGGCCUUGCCACAGUUGGCGGUACUGUCAACCAUACGGGCAUCGGCGGUUUAACUCUGGGUGGCGGUCUUGGCUGGCUUACAGGCUUAUAUGGCACCGUGGUUGACAAUCUUGUCUCUGCGAAAGUUGUCAUUGCCAAUGGAAGCCUCCUGACUGCCUCAGAAAAUGAGAAUACCGACUUAUUCUGGGCCAUCCGUGGUGCGGGCCACAACUUUGGUGUUACCGUCGAGUUUACACUUCAGGGGCAUGACCAGACCAAUGAAGUGUAUGCUGGAGGCGUUGUAUUCACCCCGGACAAGCUGAUCGCCAUUAUCGAUACACUCAACGCCAAGAUGAAGUCUCCAGACCCCAAGGCAGGAAUUAUCCUUGUCUUCGCGAGCCCACCAACGAUGCCAGGCCCGGUUGUCGUUGCCAAUGUAUUUUAUAACGGCGACCAAGCCGCGGCAGAGGAAUGUUUCGAUUCCCUGUUCAAGCUCGGGCCUGUUGUCAACACAGCGAAGAUGAUGCCCUACAAUCAUGUCAACGGGUUAUUCAACGCGAUGGCCACUCAUGGGCGCCGCAAAUCUAUAAAAGCAAUCACUCUUACAGACCAUGUUGAUGCUGAAUUUGUGCAAGAACUCUUCGACAACUAUGCACAAAAGAUGAAGGAAAAUCCCGAUUUGGCCAUGACAUUUAUGGGCAUCGAGUUUUACGAUGUGACUAAGCUCAACAGCGUGCCUAUAGAGUCGAUGGCAUUUGCCAAUCGUGGUCUCUAUAGAGCUGGUAUCAUUGGCUUGGAAUGGACAGAUGCUCAGAAGGAUUUGGAAAAUAGAGCGUGGGGUCGAUCUAUUCAGGACAAGUGCCGACAACGAAUCAUCGACAGCAACCAGUAUUCUCCGGAGACUACUAAAACCGCGUUGGAGUAUGCCAAUUAUAUCGAACCUGGUGAUCUUGUGGAUAAGAGACCAUUCGGUAUCAAUCAGCGACGACUGGAGAUAUUGAAACAAAAGUUCGAUCCAGAUUGUCUAUUCCACAAAACUACUCCCGUUGUGCCUUUGAAAAAUUAG